CACACACACACACACACACACACGCACAUACACACACAUACGCACACUCACACACAUAUAGACACAGAGCAACAGCAGCGCAGAUGUAUGUGCCUGUGGGGCGGGAGAGCGUGUCCCGCGUGGGCCCGUGUGUAUGCAUGGGCGCAAGCGGAGAUGGGUCCUUUGUGGUGAUGGCACAGCCGCACGCCCUGGCCCUCUUUGCGGUGCACCCAUUUGAGCAGAUCUCAAACACGCUCCACUUGGAGGUCAACCCAAACAGACCGCACGACGCAAGUGGGCGCUCCUCCCCAGCCUUCACCACGACUGGAAGCGCCGGCAGCGGUGGCACCUCCUCCGCAGCAGCCACGACGACAACCACAGCCAACACCACAAACGCGGGUACCGCGUCGCUCACAUCCACGGCAGCGUCGUCAACCGCAUCGCCGUCCUUCGCCAGCGUCACCAGCACCACCAGCCCUCUGCGCUCACACCAGCCGCCUCAAUACCAACACAACGCACAGGGCUCGCCGCCCGCCAUUGGCGCUGCUCACACCCCGGCCUUCUUCCCAUCCUCGUCACCGUCCUCGUCAAGGACCAACCUGCGUCACGAUACAACUGCGACAACUGCGACAGGCGACAACUCAGGCGCUGCGUUCGACCGCGCACCCACAUCCCCUUCCCCUUCCUCCUCCUCCUUCUCCUCCGCUGCACCUUAUCCAUCGCGCAGUGGCCACAGCAACGCUUGUGCGCCUGCAUAUCGUCGCCCACAGCAGCAACAGCAGUUCCAGCAGCCGCUGCCGACGUCCGUUGGUAUGCCGCAACACAUCGUGCCUCUGCCCCGGUCCGCUGACCACUUCUGCGUCACCACGUCCAAGGGGUACAUCCUCUUCUUCGUGGCAAGCGACGUUGUCUACGCACCCGGCAGCGGGCUUGAGCAGUCAAGCGCACAGGCCACGGCGGCCAAGCCUGCAUCGGCAACGGCAGCAAUGGCAGCAGCGACUGCGACAACAACAGCAGGGCAUGCAGCCACCUCCUCCUCCCCUUCCUCCGCCUCCACCACCACCACCACGCCCGGGUCCAUUGUCAGCGGCCUGCUGCGUCGUGGGAGCGCCAUGUCCGUGCGCCCACCGCCAUCCCACCUUGCGGGCUGCCCUGCUCCCCUGCGCAUCACCAAGCGCGUUGAGUUUGAUCCCCACGCGCCGCCGCCACGCCCGCUCAUCGCCCACACGCUCACGGCGUGCUGUGUCUUGGGCAAGGAUGUGCUGUGCGCCUCCAAGAUCGGCAUCAUCGACUUUGUUCCCUGGGCGUCAACCUCCUUUGAUCCCGCUCGCACCAUCGACCUCAGAGCCGUGUGCGGCGGUGGUGGCGGCGGCACGGGCGACACCCGUGGUGCAGCAGACAGCAUGUAUGCCGUGAGCAUGAUGGCAGACAGCGCCCUCAAUCGCGUCAUUGUGCACAUGAACAGUGGCGCCGUCGUCGUCCUUACAUUUACGGCCACGGGCGAAGUCAAGGGCACUCAACUGUGGAGCCCCGCGGUGCCCGCUGUGCACGUGUCCAUCAACCUUCCGUUCCACCUCGUCGCCGUUGCCGACGCCACAGCCAAGGUGUCCGUCUUUCGCCUGGAGACAGACAGACGCAGCGCACCCCACAGCCUGCUGUACACGCUCGCCUCCCCGCACGCCAGCAAGGUGCCCCCACCGGACGGCAAGCACCGCCUCCUCGCCUGCCACUGGUCCCCUGACGGCUACGGCCUUGCACAGCUCUUCCGCUCCAACACCAUGUCCCUGCACAGCGUGUUUGGCAGCCACCUUGCCGACACAGCCACCGUUGGCCAGCCCAUCUCCCCGCACGCGUGUGUGUGGGCCACGCCAGGGUACCACGUCAUGUACGUGAGCGCAUCUGAGCAGCCGGGGCAACACCACCUGUGCCGCGUCAACCUGCUGCGCAGCGCGCGCAUGACUACGCCGAGCCUGUGCCACGAGGAGAGCCUGGUGCUGGUUGGUGCAGAGUCGAUGUACAUCAACCCGGACAGCGGCGCCGACGCCGACUCGCGGCACAACGUCGACCGCCUCUGCGAUACUCAGUGGCAGCACGUCCAGAUUCCGCAGGCGUACCGGGAGAGCAACGGGCCCAUCUUCACAGCAGCUGUUGACCGUACGGGCCAGUUCAUCGCCGUCGCAGCGCAGCGAGGGCUGAUGCACUACAACACGCUGACGGGCAAGUGGAAGAUGUUUGGCAACGUUGCGCACGAGCGUGAUCUCAUCUGCACAGCGGGGCUGGCGUGGUGGCGGUCCACACACAUUGUCGUUGCAUCGUACUCUGAAGAGCACAAGACGUCGCAGCUACAGCUGUACUCGCGCUCCGAGAACCUCGAUGCGGACAGGGUGGUGGUGAACCACAAGGUGUCGCGUGACCUGGUGCUCAUCAACGUGCUCGGUGACCUCAUUGUCGCCAUCUCUUCCCGCCGGCGCGUCAUCAUCUUCCGUGUCAGCCUGGAGAGUGUCACCGCCUCGCACAGCGGAAUUGCCGCCCGCCCGGCCUCCACGCUCGAAAUUGUGCUGAGUCAGGACUUGUCGGCGCACAUCCCGUUCCUGUCCUCCCUCACCGACGUGUCGCUGACCUACGUGGCGGUGGACGACCUCACGCCAGCGGAGAGCACCGUGAUUGAGGCCAAGAGCAUGAUCCUGAAUGUCGCCGGCCACCUCCACCUCUUCCCAAUUGAGCGUGUGCACGACCAAAGCACAGGCACGUCAUCGUCGGGGCUGGGUGAUGGGAUCUUGCUGGCCACGGACGUGGAGGCUGCCUGGGUGCCGCCCAUCGCCUCCACCCGCAGUUCCUCUCUCCUCCUCGAUGCCCUCUGGUUCAGCUGCGGUCGCAUGGGACUCAAGGUGUGGUUCCCGCUUGAGCGAACGGACCUUGGUGCAAGCCGCCGCAUCAUGCUCACCUUCCCGCUCGACACAUGCCCGCUCACCCUCCUCUUCCGCGAGGCCGUUGUCAUCGGCGCGUCUGUGGAUGCGUACCAGGUGCGCACGCCCGCGGGCCGGCUGGUCACGUGCAACGCCGUCCACCGCAAGACGCAGCUCAACAUGCACCCGAUUCUGCGGCAGCUGCUGCGACGCGGGCUGUCACGGCCUGCGAAGAUGAUUGCGGACACGCUCACGGAUUUGCCGUAUUUCCCGCACUUGCUCGAGCUCAUGUUGCAUCAUGUUCUUGAGGACGAGGCAGCCGAUCCGAACCGGCAAGAGGCGCUGCUGCCGACGGUGAUUGAAUUUAUCCAGCAGUACGACCAGUGGCUGGACAUUGUUGUGCACUGCGCGCGCAAGACAGAGAUGGCCAAGUGGGACUACCUCUUUGAGUGUGUGGGCAGCCCCAAAGCAUCGUUCGAGGCGUGUGUGCGCACGCGACGGCUGGAGACGGGCGCGUCGUAUCUGAUGGUGGUGCAGGCGCUACAGGACGCGGCGACGACACGCCAGCAAACGCUCGACCUGCUGCGGUUGUGUCUGAGCGAGGGCCGGUGGGCGCUGGCCACCGACCUCAUUCGCUUCUACCAGGCCACCGCAGAGUCCAGCAGCGACGCGGGCGAAGCCCAGGUGUUCAAGCCAAGGGCCGCGAUGCUGUAUUUGCUUGACCUGUGCCAGCCGCUCGCCACGCCAGAUUGGGCCCUUGUCUUUGCUCUUGUCCUCCGCAACGAAAACACGCUGCAACAAGUUUUGGACGACAUUCGCCCCUCCUCUCGCGCAGCGAAGCUUGUCGUGCGCAUCCAAACACACAUCUCCACAGACCCACACCUCUCAGAGGAUGCGCGUGGUGCGUAUCUUGCGCUGUUGCGGACGGCAGCAGACAAUUUGCCCUCUUCUGACGUCACCGCCAUCAUGACGCAAGACGACAUUGAGCGCGAACUGAAUUACACGCGCGACGAUGUUGAGGAAGAAAGGGAGGCGGAGACAGAAGCCCAUCACCGCACGCACAAGACGCGCGGCAGUGGCGGCGGUGGCGUGAACGGUGUUGAUGGAAGGACGAACGUGCAGCGCCUUGGUGAGCAGGAUGCGGCGGCGACAGCAGAGGACAGCGGCCAAUCCGAAUGCGUCAUUGCUUGA